CUCGCAAUAAAGUAAGUAGAGAGUUGAUAACUCAGAGUUUGCGUCUGUGUUGGGUUUAGUUGCGACGGUUAAGAUAAAAUGGACUUGAUUGAAUUAUGGGCGAUUUUCGGCCCUGGCGUCGCCGGCGCUGUUUUCGGUGCCGGCUGGUGGAUCUGGCUCGACGCCGUCGUAUGCAGCUCCACAACCGUUCCCUUCCUCCACUAUCUUCCUGGAAUUUUUGCAUCUCUAGGGGGUUUGAUGUUCAAUUGCGUUAGAAAAGAAGAUAUUGAUUAUUCUCCUUAUGAUGAAGGAGAGUGGAGGCUGAAGCUGUGGCUCUUCAUCGCAUAUGUUGUGUCCUUUGUUUCUUUAGCUGGAUCAGCGGGUUUACUUAUCCAAGAUUCACUUGACAAAUCUGCCCCAUCCGUGUGGGCUGGAGUUGCAGGCGUUUUGCAGUGUGUUUUUGUCUUGAUCAGUGGACUGAUUUAUUGGACUGCUCAUCCUGAAUAAGAUGAACCAAGAUAUGACUCAGAGCUAUAAAUUAUACUAGGUUAUGCUGCCCGUGUACCAUUUUCUUUAUUUAACGCGUUGAUAAAUAGUUGGCUUUGUGUAAAUCGGUAAAUGUAAAUUGUGCAAACAAUCUUGAGCCACUGGGUAGAUUCACAUUACAUGUUUCGUUUGAUUGAUCAA